AUGGUUGCACUUAACCAAGAUUCAUUCACCAUGACUUUAUCGAAUGAGGUGAACACAGCACCAGAUGUCGUGAACGAAGAAGAGGAAUCUUCGAAACUGAGCAUCGAGCAACCUCCCCUCGUCUUCGUGGUGUCAUCUACAGGCACACAAGAGCAAUUCAUGAUAAGGGAGAUCACUGUGAAACACCCAGCAGCGAAAAGCAUGAUUGAAAUUGCCAGAACUCAGGACGAAGAGACUGGCGACCGCAUCACGUCGGUAAUUGUCCUAGACGGGGAGGAUGACUCAAGCACAGCCGUUCCUUGA